CACCUAUGACAGUUUCGUGACAGUAAACGUUAUUAAUUAAUUGAAUUAUUUAUAAUGCAAAAAGAAAACAGAUUAAAUGCGAAACCCCAUCCGCCAUUUCUUUUUGCAACCAAAAAAUUUGCAACCAUAGGAAUACAUCCAUCGUUAGACAAAACAGGAUCAACUAAAAAGAAAAUAACCGAUGCUGGCCCCGGUUCUUACGAUCCCCAACCUGCAAAAUGUACCUCCAAAAACGGCUACUCCUGGAAAAUGAAAUUGGAGAGCGAGAACUUCUCAAAACAUCGUGGUCACAGAAACCCUGAGUUAGUUAAAGAGCGAGAUUUCCAGAAAACUAUGAGAGGCCCAGGUACACAUGAAGUUAAUUAUGAUAUCUUUAAAAGACAAUGUGAUUCCAAAUUUGAGAAUGUUGAUUUGGGGGCCGAGAAGAGAUUUGUCGAUAAAACUCCAAACUUUCCUUGUGCCAAUACAUAUUUUAGAAAAUUCGAAGAUCUGUGUACUGUACGCAAAAAACAGUUUAGUCAAACACCAACUUUUGAAUUUGAUGGUUUUUUAGACAGAUUUCGUUUAAAUCUUCCACGGCACUUAUUACCCUCCAACAUAUAUGAUUAUCAAGAUCACGACAACAAAAACAUUGCAGAUAUAGUUAAGAAAGUGGUAUCAGCAAGAGGUCCCUACGAUUUAUUUACUGGUCCUAGAGACAAUACAACAAUAAAAAAUCAUUUCUCGACUCCAAUCUGCGCUUCGCCGGAAUACUACUAUAUAAAACCAAGCAAUUUGGACGUACUUCUACAUCAUCCCUCCAAAUCUCGCACAGGAAAGUUUCUGCAGGGAAAAAGGUUCACUAAACCAAUUUUACGUCAUAUUCUGAACGACCUAAGUCUCUGCUACCGAAAUCCAAAAGAUCCUGGACCUGCAAGCUACAAUUUGGACAAAUUCGGUAGUAUAACAGAAAAACCUCCUAACUUGCAUCCAUUUAAUACGUCUAAAUCUCUUGCUAGACCUCCACCUGCGUUAUGGAAUAUUUUUCCUGGACCUGGCAGGUAUAAUCCUAAACCUCCCAGAUGUAUGAAGCAGAAGAGAGCCUCGUGGGUGUUUCUGUCUAAACAAAAUAGACAGUAUUAUACGGUGGUCAAAUAUUCUGCUUUUUGAGUAUAAAUGAUAUUAUAUAUACAUACUUAUAUACAAAUUAAACAUAAAACAGAUAUUUAUGUAUCAG